AUGAAUAUUUCAUCCAGUUUCCAAAUUCGUGGUUGUCAUGGAACAUUAAAGCAAAUGAACUUGCAAUCAAGUUUUGGUUAUAAUUUUCUUGUCACAUCAAGAGUUGUCUCCAAAAAGAAACUGAUCACUUCCAGUAGUCAUGGUUUUAGGCCAAACUAUUCAAUCAGUAUACUUAAGUCAUCAAGAGGAAAUUUAAAAACUGGUUGCCAGGGAAACGAUUCACUUGCUUUUGUAAAUGGGAAUGGAAGGGAUGUGGAAUUUAUCGAAGAGAAUUCAAAAGAAGAAACUAGUCACAGUCAAGAGAAAAAGAAAGAUUCAAAGGAUAAAGAUAAGGGAGAAUCAGCAGAAGGGGAAGCCCCUACUUUGGAUGAAUUAAAGGAGUUGUUACAGAAAGCGCUUAAAGAACUGGAAAUAGCCCAACUCAACAGUACAAUGUUUGAAGAUAAAGCUCAAAGGAUAUCAGAAGCUGCAAUAGCACUAAAAGAUGAAGCUUUAAACGCAUGGGAUAAUGUCAACUCGGUGUUACUUUCUAUCGAAGAGAUUGUGAAAGAAGAGGAUCCCACUAAAGAAGCGAUCCAAAGAGCCAAAAUGGCCCUUUCUUUAGCUGAGGCUAGACAUCAGGUAGCUCUUGAAUCAUUAGAACUUGCAAAAGAGAAAAUUGAAAGUGAAGAUGAAAAUAUGAGUUUAAUGAGAGAGGAGGAAACUCUAUUGGCUGCUCAGAAGGACAUGAAGGAGUGUCGUGUGAAUUUGGAAAACUGUGAGAAGGCAUUGAUUCGGUUACAGAAUCGAAAAGAUGAGUUGCAAAAAGAAGUUGUUAUGCUGAAUGAACUUGCGGAAAAAGCACAAAAUGAUGCGUUGAAAGCUGAUGAAGAUGUGGCGAAUAUAAUGAUUUUAGCAGAGCAAGCUGUUGCUUUUGAACUCGAGUCUCUGAAACGUGUUAAUGAUGCUGAAAUUGCAUUACAAAAGGCUGAGAAAAUUCUUUCUGUAUCAAUUGCAGAUAGUAGUUCGGAAAGUACAACGUCCCAAAUCCUUUCAGACACAGAGACUGACGAAAUGGAGGGAACUUCGGUUGAGAUAAUUGGUGACAUGGACGGUGAUGUGGCGAUUGAGGAGCAGAUACAAGAUAGUGUAGGUCAAAUGUCUGAAGAGUCUAGGUUUUCUGAUGAGAGUGACCAAGAGAACACUGAAAGUGAUGCAGAAAAGACAAAAACUGGGGUUCAAGCAAAAAAGCCGGAAACACAGAAGGAUUUGACUAAGGAUAGCACACCGUUGCCUUCUCCAAAAGCAUUGUUGAACAAAUCAUCUCGUUUCUUUUCUGCUUCCUUUUUCUCAUUUGCAGGAGAUGGCACUGAGUUUACACCAGCUGCAGUUUUUCAGGGCCUUGGUGAAACUGCAAAAGAGCUGUUACCUAAACUGGUAGUUGGAUCCUUGCUUCUUGGUGCAAGUUUUGCCCUUUAUGCUAAACAAGAAAAGCGGAUUGGUAAACUAUUUCAACAGCCAGACAUUAUCACCACUAGUAUCGAUCAGCAGCCAGACUUUAUCACCAGCACUAUUGAUGAUGUCUCAUCAAAAGCUCAGCCCUUGGUCAGACAGAUAAGAAAAUUACCUGAAAAAGUUAAAAAGCUAAUUGAGUUGCUUCCACACCAAGAGAUUAAUGAGGAAGAAGCUUCCCUUUUUGAUGUGUUGUGGUUGUUGCUUGGCAGUGUAAUAUUUGUGCCUAUUUUUCAAAAGCUUCCUGGAGGAAGUCCUGUUCUUGGGUAUCUGACAGCUGGCAUCUUGAUUGGACCUUAUGGUCUCUCAAUUAUACGUAAUGUCCAUGCAACAAAAGCAAUAGCUGAAUUUGGAGUUGUUUUCCUGCUUUUCAAUAUCGGUCUUGAGCUGUCUGUUGAAAGACUGAGUUCCAUGAAGAAAUAUGUUUUCGGAUUGGGUUCUGCUCAGGUGUUGGUGACAGCUGUUGUGAUAGGUUUACUUACACAUUUUGUCUGUGGACAACUAGGACCUGCCGCAAUUGUGAUUGGUAAUGGUCUGGCUUUAUCUUCUACAGCAGUUGUCCUACAGGUGUUGCAAGAGCGUGGGGAAAGCACAUCACGCCAUGGACGAGCCACAUUUUCUGUUUUACUUUUCCAGGAUCUAGCAGUUGUUGUUUUGUUGAUUCUCAUACCUCUUAUUUCACCAAACUCGUCCAAAGGAGGGAUAGGUUUCUUUGCAAUUGCUGAAGCUCUUGGAUUGGCUGCUGUAAAGGCACUUGUUGCUAUCAGUGCCAUUAUUGCUGGAGGACGUUUGCUGCUUCGCCCAAUUUACAAGCAAAUUGCAGAAAUGCAAAAUGCAGAGAUAUUUUCUGCAAAUACGCUUCUGGUUAUUCUGGGUACUAGUCUACUUACUGCUCGUGCAGGGCUUUCAAUGGCACUGGGAGCUUUUCUUGCUGGUUUGUUACUUGCAGAAACUGAAUUCUCUUUGCAAGUUGAAUCAGAUAUUGCUCCAUAUCGUGGCCUUCUAUUAGGUCUCUUUUUCAUGACGGUUGGAAUGUCCAUCGAUCCAAAACUUCUUGUCUCAAACUUUCCUGUUAUUAUGGGGUCACUUGCACUUUUAAUUGCUGGGAAAACCAUACUUGUGGCUGCAGUUGGUAGACUUUUUGGUGUCUCGUUAAUUUCUGCCAUUAGAGUUGGUCUUUUACUCGCACCUGGUGGAGAAUUUGCCUUUGUUGCAUUUGGUGAAGCUGUCAAUCAGGGUAUAAUGAGUCCUCAGUUAUCAUCUUUGUUGUUUCUUGUGGUGGGGAUUUCAAUGGCCCUGACACCAUGGUUAGCUGCUGGAGGCCAGUUAAUCGCAUCUCGUUUUGAGCAGCAUGAUGUCCGUAGUUUAUUACCUGACGAAAGUGAGACAGAUGACUUGCAGGAUCAUAUCAUUAUAUGUGGGUUCGGACGCGUUGGCCAGAUCAUUGCCCAGCUUCUUUCUGAAAGGCUAAUUCCGUUUGUUGCCCUCGACGUGAGGAGUGACCGGGUAGCAGUGGGACGUGCACUUGACCUUCCUGUGUAUUUUGGAGAUGCGGGUAGUAGAGAGGUGUUGCAUAAAAUAGGGGCUGAAAGAGCAUGUGCUGCAGCUAUAACUUUAGAUUCACCUGGUGCAAAUUACAGAACCGUUUGGGCUCUCAGCAAGUAUUUCCCCAAUGUCAAGACUUUUGUACGCGCUCAUGAUGUUGACCAUGGACUCAACUUGGAAAAGGCUGGGGCCACAGCCGUUGUCCCCGAGACCUUAGAACCAAGUUUACAGUUAGCAUCUGCUGUUCUUGCACAGGCUAAGUUGCCAAUGUCAGAGAUAGCAGCUACUAUCAAUGAGUUUAGAUCGCGUCACUUAUCAGAGCUUACUGAGCUGUCAGAAACAAGUGGAAGUUCUCUUGGUUAUGGGUUCUCAAGGAUCAUGUCAAAACCUUCUCCUCCUACUAAAUCUUCUCCUUCUGAUUCUUCGUCUUCUGACGAUACCCUCAGUGAAGGAACACUCGCAAUAUAAAUCAAGCAAAAAAAAAAAAAAAAAAAAAAGACAAAGUACAAGAAUGAAUAAAAUGGAAUUUAAAGGGGAGUGGGAAGCAAAUUUAUUGCUCCUCCAGUACAGAUUGUACAUAAAGAUAAUCGCUGACAAUUCAAUUCAUUCCAUUUUUUGGUUU